CUCAAUCAGCUGGUGAUGACACAAAAGGCAAACAGAACAAGCGAGAGUCGCCGGCUGAUUGCGCCGGUCAUGCGCAAAACCGUACAAAACUAAUUCCAUCAUCGACGUUCAUCUAUAUAUAUUCGUAAUACUGAGUGUACAGUGCAGUCUCGAAAUAUAUUAUUAUCAUUUCUAUCUCUGCGAUAAGCAAUAUCGUUGCAUCGGAUGUGGCAUUGAAGACUCUAAAGCUUUCAUUAUUCACCCUCAACACAAAUCAGUCAUGCCGUGUCUGUUGUAGCUACAAUUCAUGUAAAAGUUGUUUGUAGAUAUUCGCUGUAGCUUUUUGCAGUACGUUGCAUUGUUCAUCUCGUUUACAAAGCACCAUCAUCAUACUCGGCAUCUCUUUAGCAAGGCAGGAGAGACGGUUGGCAAAGUCAUGACACCCCACCCGAACAACAACUCCCUCUACGAUGCCUGUACUCCCGGCUGUGGACAGCUGGUCUCAUGGAAAGAUGACCCUUCCCCGGCUGUCUUUGAGGCAAAUCCCAUAGGCACUAUCCGUACGGUUCACCAGGACGAGGCAGCAACGCCAGGUGGCUGCAAGACGGGCGCCCUCAAGAUGAUCAGUUUCUUCAAGGAACUGUGGACAAACCCAAGAUACUUCCGAUGGGUAAUGACCAUUGCCACUUCCAUGGUCUUUACAAUAGUCGUGGGUUUCUUCAACGCCUUUGGUCCGCUAUACAUGUGCCUUAGAAGAGACCUGAAUUCUACGGCUAUUGAAACUGGUUGGGUAGCCUCCCUUGGAUGGUCCAUCGGAAUCACAUCACCGUUCGUCAACUCGCUCUACCAACGAUACGGUCCUCGCAAGAUUGCCAUCCUUGCUGCCAUUUUCUGCUCCACAGGAAUCCUCUCGUCCUCCUUCGCGACGUCCAUAUGGCCCCUCUUCGUCACCUUUGGUCUUGUGUUUGGAUUUGGAGUCAACCUGGUGAUCACCGGUUCGAUGAGUCUCAUCGCCUCGCACUUCGACAGUAAUGACUGUGCCCUUCCGACCACUCUCCCGGGAAUUGGCUCUUCUCUAGGUGCGCUGAUUUGCUGCCCCGUACUGGAGAUUGCCUAUGAGCACUUUGGCUGGAGAAAUACCCUUCGGUUUUUAGCCGCCUUGAUGUUCGUCAUUUGCCUUUCAUGCGCUGUUGUGUACAAACGACCAGCCUCCGCCAAAGGUACAACCAAUGCAUCACAAACUGCCACCGAGGACACCUCCUUGAAGGCACUACUUACUCUAUCUAACAUUCCUUCGACCAGUGCUGCUACAAUGCCCUCAGCGGGUUCCCAGAAGAGGAAGAGCUUGCUGAUUAAGCUGUUCAAGGGUGAAGACGAACUUAAAAGAGAGCGAAGACUGAAGAGUAGACAGAACUACAUCAAGCUCGUCAAAGACCCAAUUCACUGGAUGUUCUGUGUGGCUAGCAUGUUGUCCAAUGUCUGCAUGGUGUUCAACGUGAUAAACUUGGUCGAAAUGAUGGAUUCGGAAGGUUACAGCCCCCAAAGGUCGGCCACCUUCAUGUCUAUAUUAAGUUUCGUCGAGAUGGGCUUUCGGCUUCUUACGGGUAUCUUCGGGGAUCGGCUCCCGUGCGCUCGGACUCUUCUCUUUCCGGUUGUGUGUAUCAUGUGCGCAUGCGCCACAUUUUCGCUGACUCUAAGCUCCAGUGCCGCGAUCAUCAUCACCUAUGUAUGUGUGGCCGGAAUGGGGCGUGCUGUCAGCUAUUCUAUUGUGUUCUCUGCAUCUAUCGAGACUUUUGGCCACUCUGUUCAUCAGGAAUCAUUCUCUAUGAUUCUGGUUUCUUACGGUAUCUCCUGCCUCCUUGCCGCCGUCAUACCAGGACUGAGCUUCGAUCUGACUGGCUCGUACACACCGGCGAACUACUGCGGUGCUGUCUUGUGGCUGAUCUCUUCUGCGCUCUACUUGGCUGUCUACGUGUUCAACAACCGCAGGAAUCGCCUGCGUGCGCUCCGAUACUCAUCUAUUCUUCAACGUUCUAGCGACAAUAAUGAGCCAAUGGUGAAGGUCGAUACGUGCGCGCCGAUCACCGUUGCGCACACUUUGAACGAGAAGGACGUCGAUUUGGAAGGCGCGCCCGCCGAUUUUGAAGUUGACGCCAGAGACGCGGUGACGGUUGUGGCGCAGGAGUAUAUGGUUGUAGUAGACAUAGUUUCUACUGUGUGAAAGUUUGCUUUUUCGUUUUGAACUAUAUUUUGCAAUGUUAACUGCCCGGGUUACCUGUGGCAAGGUUGAUGUGCCAUAGCAUACACAUCGGAGUAGGUACACCUUUAUCAUGGCGCACAAUCUCCCAAUCUCUAUCCGACUCGAGAUUUUUGUCUAUAGGCAUUGGCCUAUGACUUAAUGAUAAUGUUUUAAGGCUAAAUGUUAUCUGAAAGAAGUCAUGAACGAAAGUUUGAGGAAGGAGUCGGAAAACGAAAAUGGAGAAACGUGGAGUUGGUAAUAAAUAAGUGAAGCUUUAUGGAAAUACACAUAUUUUCCUAUUGAACAAUGAGAUCGCAGCGCCAUUUAAGUGUAUCAGCGGAUGCUUUUAAUGCGUAACCAUGACGAAAGAAACAACAUCGAAUUUCUGAUUAUUGGAACAGAAAGGAGAUGGAUACAUAACAACGAAAUAUUGAAUGGGCUGAGUUAUUCAUUUAUAAAGCGCGUAGACAAAUCAAAAGAAUGACAGUUGGUGCUUUUCAAAUUUGAAGAUGUACUUUGAAACCUAAUUUAUGUAUCUCGCGCGAGUGUAGUUUUAGAAGUGUAAAAAAGUAUAUGAAUAGUGAAUAACAUGGAAUAUGUGAAUUGAAAACAUAUAUAUAUCGAAUAGGUGUUGCGAUAUAGUUGACAUUCAUGUUGACAUAAACUAUUAUUUCGGUGCAACAUGCGUAGUGCGAACUUGGCGUUAUUUAAAGGAUUUUGAAUGGUAUUUUCAGCGAAUCCUAGUCCCUGACAUACGGCCGGAAAUAUAUCAAUAUUCGUUAAAAAAAAAAGCAGGGCUUGUUAGUGCUAUCUUUGCCAAUAUUUUUCAAGUGCCUUUUGUGCAGGCAAAAAAUAAUGUGUAAGACUAUUUAUUACGGGAUUUGUUUUCCUAUCAAUGUUGUGACUGCAUUAUUUUAAACUGCCUCAUGGAUUGGAGGUGCUCUCUUAAUAAAGAAAAAAAAAUUUUUUUUAUGAUUGUGAAGGGUGAAAGGUUGUUUUGUAUUCUUUAUAAUGUGUAUUCUCAAAAUGGAAAGGUCUGUUAUGGUUACCAUUAUGGUGAACGCGUGUACGAUGUUUUUGUAAUAGUACACUCAAUUUUAUGUAAUACUAAAAGGAUUAAGCCCCUAUUUAUGAUACAGUGAUACUGGCGUAGUCUGCUGUGCAAACCCUUCACUCGAGUAAAGGGUCUGAAUUGUAGCCUACUUAUGCCUUGUGUACUGAAGGUCCUCACGCUCAGGCAGCAGAUUUUGUAUGUGCUAGUCUUUGCGUGGAGACACAUUUUGCUGAUCAAAGUUUCAAUCAUGGUUUGAUUUGAUUUGAUUUGAUUUUAUUGAUUUCCGUUUGUAUGGUCUGUGCCUGGAGACUAAUACUGGCGUCUCUUAGAUAUUUGUUAUGAAAUGAUAUAUUAAUGAAAUGUAAAAUGCAACUCAUUUGAAAACUCGUUGAUUUAUAACUAUGGGUACUUGUAUUUUACACAUGUCAAGAAUCGAAUGUGUGUCCAAUUAAUCCAGAGUUUUGCAAGUUUAAUUGUGAUAAUUUUGGGAGAAGAGUUUAUAUACAAGUAUAAGGUAUAUUAUGUUGCAAUUUUAUGCAUGAGGUACGAUAUUCAUGCAACGCAUACAUGUUAUGUUACUUAAUUUUGUAUUCAAAGUGUUGGCCAUUUUCAUGAAUAAAGUUCUCGACUGCCAUUUUUUUUGUAAAUCGUUCAUAUUCGUUGUCCAACCUCAAACAUAUCAUUACUUUUGUUUAAAAUUAAACUGGUUCAUAUUCAAGUGACAGUCACAGACUCUAACACAGAAAUUGAAUAAUUCCAGUUCUUUAUUAGAAAUACAGUGUAUUAGAAACUCAUUUCACCAUAGCUGAAAAUCUGAAACAACUUAUAUCAUACUUCGCUGACUUGCAAUAGUUAGAAAUAUUACUAAAUGCUAUACGAAAAACGAUGAAGAUUAGAUUAAUCAUUGUCACAAAUUCAUUUGAAUUGGAACGCCUUUUUGGUUCAAAAUUUGGGACUCGAUGAUCAAGUCAGAUAAAACUGGCAUUUUUUUAAAUAUUUAUAUAAUUAUAUUCCGAUAGACAAUUGAUUCAACUUCCCUGCAAAAGGGUGGUAUUUAAUUACGUAGGUGUUUCUCUAGGUUUUUGCCGGUCAUAGUGUGUCACUGAAAUGGUAUUGAUUUAACACUGACACUAUAAAAUACACUACUUCGGCGGUGAACCCUAUAACCAUGGCGUAAUUUCCUUGAGUAAGAAAUUGAUUCACGAUGAGCUGUACCCAACCCAGGACUGGGAGUAAAUUGGUACCAGGAAGGAAUUUGUUUCUUGAAACGCAGUGCGCGUUAGAGCUGCUCUGCUAAAGCAAGCAAUUAAUGUUUAAAGCUGUAAUGUUAUCUGAAAGACGUAUAAUGAACCAAAGUUGGAGAAAGGGGUUGGAAAACGAAAAUGGAGAAACGUGAUUAGUUGAUAAAAUUAUCAAGCUUAAUGGGAAUACACGCAUUUCCUGUAUUGAGCAGUGAGAUCGCAGCGCCAUUUAAGUGUAUCAGCGGAUGCUUUUUAAUGCGUAACUUUGACGGAAGAAACAACAUCGAAUUUCUGAUUAUUGGAACAGAAA